AUGGCCAAGCGCUCGCUGCUGCUGCUGCUGCUGGCCGUGUGGGUGCUGGCUGGGGAGCUGUGGCUGAGCACCGAGGCCCGGGCAUCACCCUACGGAGUGAAGCUUUGCGGCCGGGAAUUCAUCCGGGCCGUCAUCUUCACCUGCGGGGGCUCCCGAUGGAGGCGGUCAGACAUCCUGGCCCAUGAAGCUACGGGUGACACCUUCCCAGACACAGACUCUGACACAGACAGCGAGCUGGACGGGGCAGUAGCCUCCAGCGAGUGGCUGGCCCUGACCAAGUACCCCCGGGCUUUGUAUGCAGACCGACCUGGCUGGCAGGGAACUCCAGGGGCUCCGCGCGCUGUCCGUGAUGUCCUGGAUGGCCUCUCCAGCAACUGCUGCAAGUGGGGGUGCAGUAAGAGUGAAAUCAGCAGCCUCUGCUAGACCAGCGACCGGGUGGCCAGGGGCCCAGGGGCCAGCUGGGCACCUGACUCUGGCCCCUCAUGCGUUCAUUCAUCCGCAAGUCAGGGGUCAGGCACUGUGCACUUGGACACGCCGCCCCCCACCCCCACCCAAUGACCCUGACCUUUGACCAGCCUCUCCUAAACCCCAGCAAACUUUCCCUACCUGGCCAAAUGGGAACCUCUGAUCCUGACCCCUGACCUCUCCUUAGGUCCUAUCAUGCCUUUGCCUGGCCUAUACCGUUCCCUGCCGCAGUGGCGCCCCUAUUGUACUGAAACCGGCCACGCUGAGACCUUUGCCCAAACUGUGAUUCUCUCUUGCCCCAACUGUGGCCACUCUUCCAAAUUACGCCCCCGCUCCAUUCCAGCCUUUGCUCGGUGCCUUCUCCCUGCCUUCCAGCCCCUCCUCCUCCAACUCCACCGGCUGGGGUUCUAGAGCUGUGGACCCUAGAAUAAUGGUGGGGACCCCUGGGCUCCCUUCACCCAUCCUGGGGUGGGAGGCUCGGUGGGGGGGACCGAUCGGAACCU